AUGGCAAACUUCAAAUCACCACAUCCGUCAUUAAGUGUUUGGUCAAUCGAAAAAUCAAAUGUCUCUCAACAUCAAAAUAGAGAUGGCAAAGGUCAUCACAAGAAUUCUGCAUUGAACAAUAAUCAAUGGUUUGAUCAUGUAAGAAAUGAGGAAUCAACUCAAUCUAAAACGCGAAGAUACCGUUUACCAAUAUAUUUCUGGCGAAUUUUUUCAUCAAAACCCACUUGUCUUAAAGGUUUACUCUUAGGUGUUCUUAUUGGUGGCUUAAUCUUAUCUGUGAUUAUUUCACUUUGGUUAACUUCAACUGAUAGUAUAACGAUAUGGUUGAUGACUGGCAGUAUGAAUACAGCAAGAGAAUCGCAUACAGCAUCAGCAUUGUUAAAUGGAAAAGUGUUAGUUACUGGUGGAAAGAAUCCUGGCUCUCUAAGUAGUGCUGAGUUAUAUGAUCCAGCAACAGGAAACUGGACAGCUACUGGUAAUAUGAAUAUGGCAAGAACGCACCACACAGCAUCCGUAUUAACCAAUGGAAAUGUAUUAGCGUGUGGUGGGUACAAUGUUAGCGUUCUAAGUAGUGCUGAGUUGUAUGAUUUUGCAACGGAAACUUGGACGACUACAGGAAGUAUGAAUAUGUCAAGAGGAUAUUUCGCAGCAUCCGUAUUGACAAAUGGAAAAGUGUUAGUUACCGGUGGAACUAAUGGGAUCGCUCUCAAAAGUGCCGAAUUGUAUGAUCCUGCAACAAGAAUCUGGACAACUACUGAAAAUAUGUAUUUUGCACGAAAUAAACAUGCAGCAUCCGUGUUAUCAAAUGGAAAAGUGUUAAUUACUGGUGGAUUUAAUUCUAUCUAUCUAAAAAAUGCUGAAUUGUAUGAUCCUGCAACAGGAACUUGGACAACAACGGGUAAUAUGAGCACUGGACGAGAAGAACAUACAGCGUCCGUAUUAAACAAUGGAAAAGUAUUAGUUAGUGGCGGAUAUAAUGCUGGUGUUCUGAGAAGCGCUGAGCUAUAUGAUCCUGUAACAGAAACUUGGACAGUUACUGGUAAUAUGAGUACUGCACGACAGCAGCAUAGAGCAACUCUGUUACCGAAUGGGAAAGUAUUAGUGAGCGGUGGAAAUACAGGUAGUGUCUAUCUGAAUAGUGCUGAGUUAUAUGAUCCCACAACAGGACGUUGGACAACUACUGUUAGUAUGAAUUUCGCACGAGCUAGGCAUAUAUCUUUAUUAGUGAAUGGAACUGUGUUGGUUAGUGGUGGAUCAAAUGGUAGUUCUCUAAGUAGUGCAGAGAUGUAUUGUUGUUCAUGA